AUGGACCGUCUACGCCCUCAUCGCCUACUGGUUCUCCGACGCCUUCAACGCGGCGACGUGGGAGUUCGCGGCCUCGAUCCUCGCGGGGGGCUGUCGUACCGGGACGCGCUCGGGAUCGUGGCGACGGGGUUCCUGCUCGUCAGCGUGGUCAUCAGCCUGAACGGGGCGACGGGGGUGCUGUACCACGCGCCGUUCCCCGUGCUGGCGAGGGCCGGGUGGGGGUUUUGGGGGAGUUAUGUGGCUAUUAUAUCGAGGGUGAUACUGGCGAUGUUCUGGUUUGCGAUCCAGACGGUCAAUGGCGGUGAUGUGGUGCAAGUGAUGAUCACGGCGAUCUGGCCCGGCUUUGGCAGGCUACCGAACCACAUCCCCGCGGACCAGGGCAUUACGACGGCGCAGAUGGUGUCGUUCUUCUUGUUCUGGCUCGCCCAGAUCCCCUUUCUCUACAUGCAUCCCAACAACCUCCGCUAUCUCUUCAUCACCAAAUCCAUCCUCGUCCCGAUCUGCUUCAUCGCCAUGCUCAUCUGGGCAUUCCGCUCCACAGGCGGCACUGGCGGACCACUGCUCUCUUCCUCCGCGAAGGCCACCGUGGGAGGGUCCGCGUACUCUUACGCCUGGCUCUCUUCCCUUACCUCGGUCAUUGGGAAUUAUAGCACCCUGUCGGUGAACAUGCCCGACUUCUCUCGAUACAGCAAGGCUAGCGUUAAGUGGCAGUGGCUAUACGUUCCGAUGCUGCCGAUUGUGUUCACGUUCAUCGCGUUCAUCGGCAUCGCAUGUACUUCUGCCGGAGAGGCACAUUAUGGCUCACUGGAUUGGAAUCCCGCUACCCUCAUUGCUAAUUGGCCGAAUCGAGCCUGUCAAUUCUUCGCCGCUUUUGCCUUCUCCCUUGCUGCAUUGGGUGUCAACAUCUCAGCGAAUAGUCUGUCAGCGGCCAACGACCUGGCCGCGUUAUUCCCUUCGUACAUCAACAUUCGGCGCGGACAGCUGAUAUGUGCCCUGGUAGCGUGGGUCAUGGUACCCUGGAAGAUCCUGGCGACCGCGAGCGGCUUUUUGAACUUCAUGUCGGCUUAUAGCGUCUUCUUGGGGCCGAUUGCCUCAAUCUUGGUAUGGGAUUUCUGGUGGGUUCACCAGAUGAAGUACGAUGUCGUUGCUUUGUAUCAUCCUGAAGGCAUAUACCGUUACACCUACGGCAUCAACUGGCGCGCCAUCUCAGCUUUCAUCGUGGGUGUAGCCCCCAAUUUACCAGGCUUCAUCAACAGCAUCAAUCCCUCCGUCACUGUUGGCGUGGGAAAAAGACCAUAUACGUUCGCGUGGAUUCUUGGUUUCGUCAUCACGUCGCUGGUAUAUGUGGUCCUUUCGACAGUCUUCCCGCCGACAGAGACGAUGAUCCCGCGAGCGGUCUUGCCGGAUGAGGUGUACGAAGGUGAGGAAGGGGCCUCGGUGACAAUUGAGGGUAAGGCUGUCGAUGAUGAUGUCGAACGAGAAGCUACUGGUGAGAAGGAUUGGAAGAAGGAGGAAGAUGAGCUGCGGGUCAUGUAG